CGUUAUGGUGACCACUAAAACCAGAAGACCAAAACCAGACAGACAAGAUGAACCAUUCAAACAUGGAGUAAACUCAGAAAAGUUUCAAAUCAGUUCAGUUUAGUUUUUGUAUGAAGAAGGAGAUGCUAAAGCUGUAACAAAGAUGGCAGCAGCCGUGGCUUUGCAGCAGUUUCAACUGCCCAUUACUUAUUCAUCAUCAUUAAUUUUCUUCAGCAACAGGACUCAGAAUCAGAAGCAAAAUAAAAGACAAAAGAAUUUCCAUGCAUUAAUCUCUCAGAAUAUUAGUGUUGGCCGCUGCAUUAGUAAUUCUCAGUCAAAGCUUUAUCUUUGCAACAAUAAAUCAAGACUUGUUGCGUUUUCCGGUAAAGAAGACACUGAACUUCAACUCACUCAAGAAGAAGAAAAAGAAGAAGAAGAAGAAGAAGCAACCCCAGAAGACCUGGAGUACAUUGCUCAGGUUAAAAGGGUCCUGGAGCUUCUUAAAAAAAACCGUGACAUGCUCUUCAGUGAGGUUAAGUUGACUAUAACGAUCGAGGAUCCAAGAGAGGUGGAGAGGAGGAGAUUGUUGGGGAUAGAAGAUGCUGAUGCUCCCACUAGGGACGAUUUGGCUGAGGCUUUGGAACAAGUGAAUGAAGGAAAGGUCCCAAAAGAUCGUGUUGCUCUUCGAAUGCUAGCUGAGGAAAUGAUGCAGUGGCCUAAUUUAGAGGUGGAAGCACCUAAGAAAAAGUCUAGCAAAUCCCCAUAUGCAAGAGUUACGGACACUGGUAUUGAUCCUGAAUUAGCUGCUAAGAGAUUGAAUGUUGAUUGGGAUUCGGCUGCUGAAAUUGGAGAUGCUGAUGAUACCGAUGAAACAGAAGUGCCCCAAGUAGUGGGUUACGGAGCACUAUACCUAGUCACGGCUUUUCCUGUUAUCAUUGGUAUCUCAGUAGUGUUAAUUUUGUUCUAUAAUUCCCUCCAGUAGAAAUUUUGUCUUUCCAUUUUACCAUCAGUUUUGUACAUUGCAAUCAUGAAUUACAUGAAUCGUUUGUUGUUUAAUUGAUAACACUCUACUAUGUACACAAUUCGUAUAUAGUCAUGAACACAUUGUCAAUA